GUGACUGGCUUCAGACUUCUUGUGUGUGGGAAAUGAACUGAUGGGAUAGAGACAUGGGAUUACAUAAAAUGUAUCACAUGUAUAACUUACUGAUCAGUAGGAAUGUGUUGUAUAACAUUGAUGUUAUAGUGGAAUGUAGCAAUAGUGUGGUAGAAAAUCUUGUUUUGGACUUCCAAGGUUGCCUCGUAAAAGGCAGGAUUUUAAGAUGUUUGCUCCAGAAAUAAAUUGUGGUGCAACGGAUGAAGAUUCAGUUGAGAUUUAUUUUAAAGACAUAUUAGAUGCCUUUAAAAUAUUCUUGGCAACAGUCUGAACAGUAACGACUAACAGUGCAAUUAUUCCUACAGUUUCAGCUGUCAAAAUUGUGGAUGUAAUUACAGGAAUUGGAAUGACAGUGCUCAUUGCAAGGAGUAAACAAGUCUGAGUUCUAAUAAAGACUUCUUUUUAAACCCAUCACAGAGCACACAGAAAUUCUGUGGCAGGUUAUCUGCAUCCCGUUCCAGAAAGCUUUGCAAGAUCUCUGACUGCCAAGUUUGCGUUUGAAGGAGCAAAGUCAUGACCGAUUGUUAGAAUGUUUUUAAUUGCUGUGGAAAAAAACCAGUAACAAACCCAAAACACACACCCCACCCUCCCCCAUGCUUUUCAGGGCUUUGAAAGUAGCUGGGCUGAAGUAUGUGAAGCUGCAGUUAUUUGUAUGUAGGACAGAUGCAGCGUAAACAGAAGCGGAGAUGUCCUUAGCCUGUUCUGCCUGUGUGUCAGCUUAAACUUCACACCUCAGACUUCCAAAUUUGAUGGAGGACGAGGCGGUACUGGAUAGAGGGGCUUCCUUCCUUAAGCAUGUAUGUGACGAAGAAGAAGUGGAAGGUCAUCACACCAUUUACAUUGGGGUCCACGUGCCGAAGAGCUAUAGGAGAAGGAGGCGUCAUAGAAGAAGACCUGGGCACAAAGAGAAGAAAGAAAAGGAGAAAAUCUCUGAGAACUACUCUGACAAAUCAGAUGUAGAAAAUGCUGAUGAGACGAGCAGCAGCAUCCUUAAACCACUCAUCUCCCCCGCUGCUGAACGCAUCCGCUUCAUCCUUGGAGAGGAAGAUGACAGCCCAGCACCCCCGCAGCUCUUCACGGAGCUGGACGAACUUCUGGCCAUUGAUGGACAAGAGAUGGAAUGGAAGGAGACCGCAAGGUGGAUCAAGUUUGAGGAGAAGGUAGAACAAGGUGGGGAGCGAUGGAGCAAACCUCACGUGGCCACCUUGUCCCUGCACAGCUUGUUCGAGCUAAGGACAUGUAUAGAGAAAGGCUCAAUAAUGCUGGAUAUGGAGGCCUCUUCUCUCCCACAGGUGGUGGAAAUGAUCGUUGACAAUCAGAUCGAGACGGGGCUUUUGAAAUCAGACCUGAAGGACAAAGUCACCUACACGCUGCUCAGGAAGCACCGGCACCAGACCAAGAAGUCCAACCUGCGCUCCCUGGCUGACAUUGGAAAGACCGUCUCCAGUGCAAGUAGGAUGUUUACCAACCCCGAUAAUGCACGCAGCCCACUCGAGAGCUCCGUGCCCUGUCUAGCAACCCGCACGUUGGAUGAUGAAAUCCGAGUGCAGCGCAGCCCCAGCGUGGGAUGGCUCAGCAGCCCAGCCAUGACUCACAGAAACCUGACUUCCACCAGUCUGAAUGACAUCUCUGACAAGCCUGAGAAGGAUCAGCUGAAGAAUAAAUUCAUGAAGAAAUUGCCCCGUGAUGCUGAGGCCUCCAACGUGCUGGUUGGGGAGGUGGACUUCCUGGAGAGUCCUUUCAUUGCUUUCGUUCGGCUGCAGCAGGCGGUCAUGUUGGGCGCCCUGACCGAAGUCCCCGUGCCCACCCGAUUUCUCUUCAUUCUGCUGGGACCGAAGGGCAAAGCAAAGUCCUAUCAUGAGAUCGGCCGAGCCAUCGCCACUCUGAUGUCGGAUGAGGUAUUCCACGACAUUGCCUAUAAAGCCAAGGACCGGCAGGACCUGAUCGCUGGCAUUGAUGAGUUUCUGGAUGAAGUCAUUGUGCUUCCCCCUGGGGAAUGGGAUCCAGCCAUUAGGAUAGAGCCCCCCAAGUCUCUCCCUUCUUCAGAUAAAAGGAAAAACAUGUACUCCGGUGGAGAAAACCUACAGAUGAAUGGAGACACACCUCAUGAUGGAGGACACGGCGGCGGGGGCCAUGGGGACUGUGAAGAACUGCAACGAACGGGCAGAUUCUGUGGUGGCUUAAUCAAAGACAUAAAGAGGAAAGCACCGUUCUUUGCCAGCGACUUCUACGAUGCUUUAAACAUUCAAGCCCUUUCAGCUGUUCUUUUCAUCUACCUGGCCACAGUGACCAACGCUAUCACUUUUGGAGGACUGCUUGGUGAUGCUACGGAAAACAUGCAGGGCGUGCUGGAGAGCUUUCUGGGCACAGCAGUCACCGGAGCGAUAUUUUGCCUUUUUGCUGGUCAGCCACUCACAAUUUUGAGCAGCACGGGACCUGUCCUUGUCUUUGAACGGCUUCUCUUUAAUUUCAGCAAAGACAAUGAUUUUGACUACCUGGAGUUCCGUCUCUGGAUCGGCCUUUGGUCAGCCUUCCAGUGUCUCAUUCUUGUCGCUACUGAUGCCAGCUUCCUGGUCAAGUACUUCACCCGCUUCACUGAAGAAGGUUUUUCCUCCCUUAUUAGCUUCAUCUUCAUUUAUGAUGCUUUCAAGAAGAUGAUCAAGCUGGCAGAUCAUUACCCGAUCAACUCUGAGUUCAAGGUGGACUAUAUCACGCAUUACUCUUGUGCCUGUGAACCAUUAGAUCCAGUUAAUAGCUCGUUAUUUAAUGGGACAACGGUGCUGUCAGCCGAUGAGCUGUUCUAUUCCUCUACAGAGAUGUACAACACCACCAUUGACUGGCCAUCUCUGACAAUGAAGGAGUGCUUGAAAUACGGAGGACAACUUGUGGGCAACAACUGUGAAUAUGUCCCUGACAUCACCCUCAUGUCUUUCAUCCUGUUUUUCGGCACUUACACCUGCUCCAUGGCCCUGAAGAAAUUCAAGACCAGUCGCUAUUUUCCAACCACUGCCCGGAAGCUCAUCAGUGACUUUGCCAUUAUCUUGUCCAUUUUGAUUUUCUGUGGAAUAGAUGCCCUGGUAGGUGUGGACACACCAAAACUAAUUGUGCCAAGUGAAUUCAAGCCAACCAGUCCCGAGAGAGGUUGGUUUAUCCCACCUUUUGGAGGGAACCCGUGGUGGGUGUACCUGGCAGCAGCCAUCCCUGCACUGCUGGUGACUAUCCUCAUCUUCAUGGACCAGCAAAUCACAGCUGUCAUCGUCAACAGGAAGGAGCACAAGCUCAAGAAAGGUGCUGGGUAUCAUCUGGAUUUGUUCUGGGUGGCCAUUCUGAUGAUCAUAUGCUCCUUUAUGGGUCUGCCCUGGUAUGUUGCUGCUACCGUGAUCUCCAUAGCUCAUAUUGACAGCUUGAAGAUGGAGACGGAAACUUCAGCCCCUGGAGAACAGCCCAAGUUUUUGGGAGUGAGGGAGCAGAGGGUCACUGGAGUCAUCGUCUUCAUUCUGACUGGUGUGUCUGUCUUCAUGGCUCCCAUCCUAAAGUUCAUUCCCAUGCCGGUGCUCUACGGUGUCUUCCUCUACAUGGGUGUUGCUUCCCUCAAUGGUGUACAGUUCAUGGAUCGUCUGAAGCUGCUCUUGAUGCCUCUAAAACACCAGCCUGACUUUAUCUACCUGCGCCACGUCCCACUGCGCAGGGUCCAUCUGUUCACCUUCCUGCAGGUGGUGUGCCUGGCCCUCCUCUGGAUCCUCAAGUCGACCGUGGCUGCUAUCAUAUUCCCCGUCAUGAUCCUGGCACUUGUAGCAGUCAGAAAAGCCAUGGACUACCUCUUCUCCCAGCAUGACUUAAGCUUUCUUGACGACGUCAUUCCAGAAAAGGACAAGAAAAAGAAAGAAGAUGAGAAGAAAAAGAAAAAGAAGAAGGGCAGUAUGGACAGUGACAAUGAUGAUGAGAAAAAUCACCAACAUUCCUUGAACGCCAUACGUCAUGCUGAUACAAUUCCUUUCCUUCAGUCACACACCAUGCCAAGCCCUCCACAAACUCCGGUAAAAGUUGUGCCUCAAAUUAGAAUAGAACUUGAGCCUGAAGACAAUGGUUAUUUCUGGAGGAGCAAGGGAACAGAAACUACUUUGUAAUUUGUCUGUCUGUUAAAUCUUUUAUGGAAUUUAUUUUGUCACUAGCCAAAUAUUAAAAUGCUCUCUGCUCCCCA